GAUGGCGCCGCCGCACUUCCGCUCAGAGCAGAGCACGCGCCACUGGUACUGCAAGAGCUGCGUCGGGCCCAAGGGCCGCCCGUGGUUCAACUACGCCGACGCGACGUCCUGCACCAUGUGCAAGCUGGGCAAAGGGCUCUGCUUCAAAGAGUACCGCGCCCCCUCGUCGCCCUCGCUGCGCAGGCCUGGGAGGUCUUUCUCGGCAUGGGCAGACUCCGUGCAGGUGCAGAAGCUCAAGCAGGAGUUGGCUUCGACCCAGGCGAAGCUCAACCGGCUGGACGGCAAGUGCUCCGCCUCGGAGGAGACGGACGUACCCAGCGGCAGCGAGCGGGACAAGCAGCGAUUGCAGGUCCUGGCCGAGUUGCUCAAGACCGUCAGCGGCAGUGAGGACGUCCAUCUCGUGCGGGCCAAGGAGGCUUACACCAAGGAGCAGGGCGAGCUCAAGGCCAACUUGGCAGCCGCGCGGCCGAUGGGCCAAAGGCUGCGAGACCUUGGGGCCCAGAUCUCCAAGCACCAGAAGCUGCAGGACGACCAGCAGCAGCGGCCCGCUGGCAUCCAUGAGAAGCUCGCGGUCUUGCAGGAGCAGGAGAAGGCGGCGCAAGCCCAGUGCACGGCCCUCGCCCUGCAAAUGGAGGAGUUGCAGGAGCAGCAGCGGCAGCUGCAGAGCGAGGCCCCCGUGCCACCGGACUUCGAGGCUGGGAAGGGACCUGUUGACGAGCCGAUCAAAGGGCUGGGCCAGACUCUGUCAGGCCUUGGCGAGGUGCUGAGCGUCCUCGGCGCCGAACACAGCCUGGCGGAGAGGCUCAAGGAGGACCUGGAACGGCUCAAGCAGGUGGCGGAGGAGGCGCGCACCAAGCAGCAGGAGGAGCGAGAGGCCAACGCCGCAGCCGAGGCGGAGCGGCAGCGGGCCGAAGGCGCAGCAGAGGUGCCAGUACCCAUGGACCAGGACGAGGACGCCGCCCCCAGCGAGGAGCUCAUCGAGGAGAUGGCCAACGCUGGCGGCGACAAGAGGAAGAUCGAAGAGAUCCUGGCCAAGCACUGGCUGUUCUGGGUCUUGUGCUCCCUCGUCUGCACCAUGGCGAAGCCCACUGGUAGUACCACACCCAACGUCUCGGCAGGUGGCCCGCUCGUCGACUACCUGGCCUCAUGCUCCAGCAUGUGCGCCGACGUGCAGGAGCACCACGCGCUGCCCGCGGGCCUGGCCAAGGCCCAGCAGGACGCCCUGGCCGAGGGCUUCCACGGGGUCUGGGAGGCUGCGCUCCCAGGGCUCGGUGCUGGCAGCAAAGGAUUCGUCAUGACCUCCGUGUACUUGAGAGUUGACGAGCAGAUGUCACAUGAAAACCUGGCCAUUCUCUUCAAGCUCUAUCAGUAUCCCAAAGUGCUGGGCUCGAUGCAGAUGCCGUGGGUUGUGGGAGGAGACUUCAACAUGGAGCUGAAGCAGUUGGGCACGCUAGCGUGGCUUCACUCCGUCAACGGCGUCGCGCUGGUGCCCUCGGCGCCCACCUGUCGGUCGCGCCAGCCCCCGCCCGACUGGGACCCCUUCCACGAGCUAGUGGCGCAGGCCCAGUCCGCGGAGGACUUGGCCGCGGUUUGGGACCAGUUACUGCUGGGCGCGCAGUUCGAGCUGCAAGGGAGGCACGACGUCGUCGGACCCCAGGCCGCCAAGUUUCUGUCGCAGCCGAUGGCACCGUCCUUCAAGUGGGCCAAGUUCGAGCACGACGAGCGUCAGUCCUGGAAGCGGAAGGCCCCCGACGUGGCAGCGUGGCUCACCGCGGCAAGGUGGGCUCGGCCUUUUCGGCGUGUUCGUAUGGCGCUGGUGUCUUUCAUUUCGAAGCUGUCCGCGCCGCCCGCGUUCGCGUUGCAGGAGCGCAGCGAGCAGGCCGGCGCACCGCCUGGCUCGAGCGAGCUGUGCGUCAAGACGGCCAGGCACAUCCUUGAAUUUCAGUAUUUUCUCAAGCGGAUGGCAGCCAGGCAGGAUGCGCGGCAGCAUUUGGACAGCGAGGCGAUCGACUUCUUCUGCCAGGGGCUAGAGGCGUUCAAUAUGGAGGUGGACGCGUUCGACCAGCAGGGCCAUGCAGCGGUGCCGCACGCUGGCCAAGUCCGAGGCCAUGCAGCGGUCCCACGAGAGGCCGGUCAUGUCCAGGUGGCGGCGUGGGUUGUGGCAUCCUUCGAUGGAGGGGCCAGCCGCGCCCACAAGUUCUCGAAGCCGCAGGCGCUCCAGGAGGUGAUCGACUUCGGCGCAGGGGUUCAGCGCGCCUGCCAGCUGGCCGACCGCAAGCUGUCCUACUGA